UAUUCAUUGUAAAUAAUUUAUAUAACAAGGAUUUUUGGCAUUUUCUAGUUAUGGAAUUUAUAAUAUAUAUUUUAAUAUUCUCUGGCAAAAGCUAUUUUACAUAUGCUUGUUCUUAUGUGGGAGCUAUAUAUGAACAUGAAGUUAUUGGCAAUGUACAAACGCGUAAUUCUAAAGAUAUAAUAAAAAUGAAUUUGGAUAUUUAUGAUGAUAAAGUUGCAAUUGCAUCUAAAAAAGGUGCUAAAAUUAUAGUUUUUCCUGAAUAUGGGAUCACUGGCUACUAUGAUACAAAAUCUGAAAUGUCAAAAUUUGUAGAAGUUGUACCAGAUAUUGUUGAAAGAAAUUAUGUAAACCCAUGUAAUAAUCAAAAUUAUUCUAACAAAAAUCAUUACAUACUACAUACAUUAAGCUGCAUGGCUAAAAAAAAUAAGAUAUUCAUAGUAGCCAACAUGGGAGAGCUUCAGUUAUUCUCUAAAAAUGACCAAGCUUACCAAGAAAAUAAAAAUCCAUACUUAACAAAUUAUAAUUUUAAUAUAUGCACACCCUUUCCAGAAAAUUACUUCAGUUCAAACAAUAUCAAUAAUAGCAAACAAUAUAAUACUGAUAUAGUAUUUGAUUCUAAUGGAAAUCUUAUAGCAAAGUAUAGGAAAUGUCAUUUGUGCUAUGAAUUAAAUUAUGAUUAUCCAGAUAAAUGUGAAUUAAUCACAUUUAAUACUGAUUUUGCAGGCCUCUUUGGAAUCUUCACAUGUUUUGAUAUAAAUUGGAAAAAUCCUGCUAUUGAUAUUGUGGUUAAAAAUGGAUUGAAAAACAUGGUUUUUCCUACUAGCUGGCCUGACCUGGUGCCUUUUCUAACAGCUAAUGGUGUCCAGUCAUCUUACGCUAUUCGCAUGGGAGUCAACUUCUUAGCGGCUAAUACCCGUGACCAAGCUAAAUAUGGAGCACGAGGCAGCGGUAUAUAUUCUGGCGACUUAGGAGCUCUUGAUUACAUCUACGAUUAUACUAAUAUACAUGGGGGUCAUCUGUUAAUUUCGGAAUUGCCUUGCACACCUGGGAACAGUUCCCAACUGACUUCCAACAAAAAGCUCUUUUCGCCUGUUUAUGUCGAUUUGAAAACCUUAUCUCAAUUGGGAAGAAAUUUUUCAACAGAAGAUGAAAUAAAAACACCACAUUCGAGGCAUGAAAAACUGGAAGAAAACAUUCAGGAAAGGGAAAAAACAAAUAAUUUAGAAAUUACCAUUACCUCCAAUGCUGUAAUCGACGAUCUUAAGGUCAAGGUUUUCGGUCCUACACGAUUUUCCCAAUCCAGUCCACGUGACGAACUGGAUAAAAUUUUCGGCAUGUUACCUGAGCCCGAGCACGUCAAUUACGUCGUCAUUUACCCGCCAUCCAACAAGAACGAUUAUGAGGUCGUCAAGAAAGCCUCUAAAUGCAUGGGAAAUUUGUGCUGUCACAUGACUUACAAAUUCGCCAAACCCAGUAACUUCACUCAUAAGACUAAAAGUGGCGUCAUGCUCCUGGUAGUUUACAACAUGCUUCACAGGGAAUACGUGAAUUGGUUCAUGAAAAUUUGCGCUUUCAACCAAUGCCCUACAUCCGAUUUACAUUAUUGCGGCAAUUUUGGACGCGAUGCUACUCACACUUUCUCUUACUUCAAGCUUACAGGUAAUUUUAGUACUGAAUAUAGCGAAAAGUCCGAAAGAUUUCCAAAGAAAGCUGAUAAAUUUAUUAAGGAUGAUAAUCAAACAUACGUUUUUCCUAUAGUACUUGUGGAUGGGGCUUAUUUGCCAGAUAAGUCUCAGUGGAAUUUUACUCAUAAAAAUACUAUUGAGGCUCCAUUAGGGUUUAGUAAGCCUUUAUUUUCUGCCGCUCUUUGGGGCAGGGAUUAUGGUUUGGAUAACAAAACAUAUUCGCAUUGAAAGGAAUUCAGCUUAGCUAUAUUAAAUUUUAUUUUUAAGUGAUAAUGAUCCCAGUUUAAAAUAUCUAUUCCAUUCCAUUUUUCUGUUUUAUUCAUUUUCUUUUAUAUAGAUUUUUUAUAUUAGAAAAUGUUUAUUUUUAUUUUAAACCCAUUUUUUAAAAUUCAAAAAAAUGAAAUUUAUAUAUUAAUGUAUUUCAUCAAGGAAAUGGGGACUCUUUCCUUGUAUGUAUAUGACAGAAUAAACUUGUAAUUUAAUUUAUUAUAUAUUAUCCUUUUUUGAUAUAUAAUUUUAUACAAGAUUGUAAAAUAUCUAUGAGUUUUAUAUAUUAUUAAUCAUUCAUAUUAAGUGACUAAUCGUAUUUUAACUUAAUUACAUUGUAAAGAGAUUUUGGAUACAAAUACUCUUAAAAAUAUUAUUUUGUUUUGUAUUUAAAGAUAUAAGAAUUCGUGAUAUGACUUAAUUCUUACUGAUUACUUAAACAAGGGACAAUUAAGUUAAAAUACU